AUGGUGUUCGUCCUAGAACCCGAAAUUCCGCGCAUCGCUAACAUCUUCAUCGACGACCUCGCUAUAAAAGGGCCCACUUCUCGUUACCUCGACCAAGACGGACACCCCGAGACCAUUUCUGACAACCCGGGAAUCCGUCGCUUCGUAUGGGAACACGCGAAGGACGUCCACCGGAUUAUGCAUCGGGUAAAGGACGCGGGCGCCACUUUCGCCCCCAAUAAAGCACAAAUCUGCCGCCCCGAGGUACUCAUCGUGGGACAAACCUGCUGCAAGGCCGGUCGGUUACCCGACCAGGAUAAGAUAAGCAAAAUCCUAUCCUGGCCGGCGCUAACCAACCCAAAGGAAGUACGCCAGUUCCUGGGACUGUGUGGA